UCAUAUUCUACGUUAAUGAGUGGUAUAAUUUAUUUUUUUGAUAGAACAAUUCUGAUCGCGAUCCAAAUUCUCCCAACGAUAGGAUUUUCGUAAAGUCGCAUUCCGGUGUUUUGUGUUGUACAAAAGUGGCUAAAUAAGCACGGUUUCUCACAAUGCCAACAUUUUCAAUCAUUCUCAGGAAUGCACAUUUCCAAGGUCAUGAUGUGAGGUAAACUCAGGAUGAUACCACAUCUGAGAACAGUGACUGAGAACAUUGAUAGUGGAUAACAAUAUUCUGUGAACAUUUUAUAAUAGAAAAGGACUAUCUAUGAAUAGGCUAAGGAUUCCCCAUGAUUCGCAAGGAGGGUCCUGGUGACCGAGGUAGGAGACCCCUCUUACUUGGUGCUAAUCGGCAUAUGCUGGAAACGAUACGUGACAGUCUCAGUCAUGUUCGAUCAGGCAGCCCACAAGAUCAGCUCCAGGCACAGAGUGACCAGGCCCAGCUUCGCACGGAGCUGUCUCACAGCACUCCUAACCUUGUGGAGAAGGUAGACAGAAAUAAUAGUAGCAAUGGAAAUAGAAUGACUCGCAUAGUGUACACACAAAAAGCUUUAGCAGAAAUCAGGAAUAGUCUUAAACCUUUCAAGAAUCAAGAUGAAGCGUGCUUCGAUGCUGCCGGACAGGAUUUGGAUUUAUCGCCUGUUGGUCAGCAGACAUUACAGCAGUUGUUGGCACUCGGAUAUGAUGCGGACCUUGCAAUCCGAGCGACAAAAAUCUGCGGGGACAAUGGAACUGAGGCAGCCAUGGACCUCAUUCAGCAACAUUACGUGGCUGAGAGUAAAAAUGGAGUGGCGGUGAGGUCACCAGUCAAUCAUGGAGGAUUUUCGGGAUACCAUGGCAAUAAAGUUAUACGAAAGCCGAGUUUUGAGGAGAAGUACAGGCAGAACAGCCCGGUGUCAGAUAGUGCUAGUAUUCGAUCUGAAAGUCCAAUAGUACAACCACGAAUCAAUGGAAGUGAUCCUCCACGUGUGAACAUAACGCCUGUUGAUCAUGGCCCAGGACAUUAUGCCUCGUCAUCUACGCCAAACGGGCGGGCUACCACUCCUCCACCGCCUGUACCUCCACGGACUCACCACCUCCCACCCCAAACACCACCACGGGGACAAACACCUCCUCCUCCACCUCUCAUGCAUCCGGAUGCUAGAACUCUGUAUCGACAUGCAUCGCCUAUUCCCAAGGAGGGAAUGGCGACAUUACAGCAACAACCGGGUAUUGGUCCGGUUACUCCACAGCGGGGAGUUAGUCCAGUGUCAUUCCAACAUCAACCUGUGAUUAUGCAAAAUCAACAAAAUGGAGGUGUAGGGACCACAUCGAAAUCUGGACGCAUUACUGUAAAAUAUUCCAAGCCGCCCCCUCCACUGCCUCCUUAUCCCCAGAGGAGCAGUCCGUCAGUAUGUAACAGUCCAACUGUUAAUUAUGGACAUUAUUCACGGUCAGAGCAGUCAACUCCGACUUACGAUGGUGGUUAUGAUAUUCAAAUGAUGCGGAGCGCAUCAGGAUCUGUUACAGGGAGUCCUUCACCGGUGAACCAAGUGUCGAUUAACUUGUCCCCUAUGCAGGCUUGGGGUGCUAAGCAGGCACCUAUUGUGACACAGUCAGUGCGUAGUCGUGAGGUACAGAAGCCUAUUCCGCAGACAGCCACAGUACCGAUGGCUCCGAUGCGGCCGAACAGUACAACCCCGUUGUCAUCUCCAAGUCCUCAACCAAGUACUCCGACUAGCUUCACUACAUCCUUGCAUGCGCAGAUCGGCACAACUACUCAAGCGCAGUCAAUGACAUCUCAAGCUCCCAUGAGAAAUGUACAGAUCCAUAUUAGCCAAGGACAUAACAUUCUUCCAAGUCCUCCAACAGUUGGGCAGUCAUCUGGUCGAACAGUUCAAAUAAACAUCAGUAGGAAUCAGCAGAACCGAGUACCUAACUAUGGACAUCCGCCUGAUCUUCCGCACCAUUCUCAUGCUGUGCCCCCUCACUCCUUGAACCUGGAUAUCUCAAAUACUCCAUCUGGGUCUAACUCUCCAUGUUCACGGGCAACUAACCAGUCGCCUGUGUCAAUAACUAGCACUGUUUCCACUCCGUCUACGAAUUCAGAUAACAUUCCAGAUAAACCCCCACCACCUUAUCCAGGGCGCAAGGCCCCUGCACCGCCCCCACCAGAUUCUGACACUGACCCCGAACUGCCACCCCCACUGCCCCCCUCUCCGCUGCAUAGAAAUGGCCCAGUGAGUGAUAAUGACAGUGUUCUCGAUGACAAUGACGGACGAGUAGUGAAACAUCGGUGUACCUCCCCGAUUCCGGAACGGAAACCAGAGGCAAAAUGGAAAGACGAGCAAAGACGGGAAUGCAAAGUGAAAAAUUAUUCUCCGCAGGCAUUUAAGUUUUAUAUGGAACAACAUAUGGAAAAUGUGCUGAAGUCUCAUCAACAACGGUUGAAUAGACGAAUACAAUUAGAAAAUGAAAUGGCUAAGGUUGGGUUAUCGGAGGAAGCACAAUGUCAGAUGCGUAAAAUGUUACAUCAAAAAGAAUCAAACUAUAUUCGUUUAAAACGUGCAAAAAUGGAUAAGGCCAUGUUUGAAUCGAUAAGUACUCUUGGUGUUGGUGCAUUCGGUAAGGUUUCUCUUGUUCGAAAGCGGGAUACUGGGCAUUUGUAUGCCAUGAAAAUGUUGCGGAAAAGUGAUGUCCUCAAACGAAACCAGGUGGCGCAUGUGAAAGCGGAACGCGACAUCUUAGCCGAGGCUGACAACGAAUGGGUCGUCAAGUUGUACUAUUCGUUUCAGGAUGCUGGAAAUUUAUACUUUGUGAUGGAUUAUAUCCCUGGCGGGGAUAUGAUGAGUUUACUCAUAAAAUUUGGGAUCUUUGAAGAGCAACUGGCUCGAUUUUACAUUGCCGAACUCGUUGUGGCAAUCGAGAGUGUACAUAAGAUGGGUUUCAUCCAUCGUGAUAUCAAGCCAGACAAUAUUCUCAUUGAUCGUGAUGGACAUAUUAAACUCACAGACUUUGGUUUAUGCACUGGGUUCAGGUGGACGCACAAUUCUAAAGUAUAUCAAAAAGAUGGUCAUGCCAGACAAGAUUCGAUGGAUCCAAAUGAACUUUGGGACGACGGGGAGCUGAAACCACUGGAGCGGCGAAAACAACAAGAGCAACGUUACUUGGCACAUUCCUUGGUUGGAACACCCAACUAUAUCGCACCGGAAGUGCUGCUCCGGUUAGGUUACUCGGCUUGCUGUGAUUGGUGGAGUGUUGGUGUGAUUCUUUAUGAGAUGCUGGUUGGCCAUCCUCCAUUCUACGCUGACACACCAGCAGAAACACAAUAUAAGGUAAUACAAUGGGAACAAUACCUACACAUCCCACCAGAAUCAAAUCUCUGUUCAUCAGCCAAGGACCUUAUCCUCCGGUUGUGCCGUGGGCCGGAGGAACGCCUUGGCAACCACGGAUCUACAGAAGUCAAAAGUCACCGAUUCUUCCAUGAAGCGGACAUAAACUUUGAGGGUUUGCGUCGGCAGACAGCUCCGUAUAGUCCAGUGAUAAAGUACCCCACAGACACAUCGAAUUUUGAUGCAGUGGAGAUGCAUAAUUCAGGGUCGGAACCGGAUGAUCUCAAGGCGAAGGAUUUAACGUGGAAGAACGGCAAGCAUCCUGAGCAUGCGUUCUUUGAGUUCACUUUUCGGAGAUUCUUCGAUGAGGGUGGCCACCCCUAUGCUACAAAGUUGCACGAUCCGGAAACUGACGCUCCAGUGUAUGUGUAGUCACGUGGCAGUGAUAAAUAAUGUUGUCUUCUCACCAUUCUAACCUUCAAAUUUUGUUCAGUGGCAUUUGUUGCUCAGCAGCCGAUGGAUUCAGUGAUUUAAAACUUACCUAUAGUUCGAACAAGCAAAGAAGUCAGUCCAGGUCAAUAAUUUGAUCAAAUCUGUUACAAGAUUUAAGGUCGUAAUUGUUUUGAGUUUGUCGCUGAGCAAAGUUUAAGUGGUUAUCCAAUGAGAUUUACUCCAGAGAUGUCUUUUGUUUUUAGUAUUAGGAGAACCUCCAUGUUAUUGUUGUUGUUCAUGUUGUCUUUGUGAAGAAGUUUGACGAUGUCAUUCGUCUGUAAUCAGGUCAUGGAUCAAAAUCGUAUUGAACUUUUGAAAGUGUUCCCUCAUUGGGCUGAGAGUCGGACUCUUGGUGACUGUGCCAGAAAAACUGGUACUGGCUAUGUGAAAGUUAGUUGACGGUCCAUGACUUGGUCAUUUCUUUGACAAAUCAUCACACACUUGUCAAUACAAAAAUGGUAAGCUUGUUGAAAAUGAGGACUGUUUGAUGAUUUUCAAAGUUGUACAGAUGUAAUGACUCAGCUUGUGUGUUCCCUUAAUAUGUCUGUGGAUAAUGAAGAAUGUAUCAUCCUUCCUCUCUGUUUUAGCCCUGAAAUUAUUGUAUUCUUCUUGUUUGUGGGUAAAACGGUUUAUUAGAAUGUGGUCAUUUGCUUCAUAGUUUGUGACAUUUCAGUCUUGCAAAAAAUAACUGUGAAUUUAACAGGUUUGAACAGUUCAUAAUGAAGAAGACUCAUAAUUCUCAUGUGUAUAUGAAUGAUAUUGUGUAAGUUCACUGUUAAAAAAAAUAUUUAGAAAAAGUAUUGCCAAGAAGCUGUGUUGGCCACCAGCACUUUGACUCGGUACAUUUCACUGUUUUUUUUGUGGGAAAUGUAUUCAGAAAGUACACAUAAAUUGUUGUUGAAUAGUUGAUGUGUUGUUAUUGGUGUAGGCCUACUUCUUUGAAGACAUGCACGUUCUUCCCUUUCCAGUUGUGUUGCAUUAUUCAAGUGAUGAAAAAGGGUGUCUGCUCGAUCGAUGAUAAAAAAUCUUCAAACACUGCAUUCUGUGUGCAUCUACAUGUAUCUAUGUUGUGCCAAAUACAUGUACAAAAUGAGCAGGGGCCACAUUUAGAAUCUAAAGUGGACUAGCGCGUAUUUUGAAAAAAAAUUGAAUUGACAUCCUGAUGAUGAGCAAUGACAUUUAGUAUUAAACGUCUUUGUCACCGAGGCAAAUAUCAUUUGAGAUCUAAUUCCAUGUCUGGAGAUUCUUCUGAACUAACUGACCUGAAGACAGUGUGGGUUGAAUUUCAUUUCCUUUUUCAGAAGGAAUUGUUUUGUGAUGAGUGUGUGGAGUGGUAUCGCAAUGUUUGCACUGAAAAAAUAUGUUGUGUGCUUGGUUGAAUAAAUGCUCAGAUGUGGAACUGCUAUCAGUCCGACUUAUAAUAGGGUGUCGUCACCGGACUUGGAUGGUAUGUAUCUAGUAGUUAUCAUAUGCCAUGAAUACGUUGGCAUGCUAACAUAACAUAAUAAUGUAUUAUAAACUCACUUCUUAGACAAAUGUCCACUGCGGGUGAUCAAAUUUAAUUAGACAAUGAUAAAAGAGCUGAUGAAUGGGAAAUUUCAGGAAAUAUUUGAGUUUUGUCCUAUUUCCCAUCAGUCAUGAUAAAUCUUUUCUCAUAACCUUAAAUUUGAUCAUACGCUGCAGUAGGCAUUACUUAGAAGCGCCCUCUUUUUAUACUGAAUGCAAGCACUGUGAUGCAGUUUUAUACUAUUCAUGCGUUACUACAUGUAUGUAGACAAUGUAAAAUAAUUUAUUUUGGUGACUCCAUUUUGUGUAAAAUAUUGUAGAGAUUCAAGCUUUGGUUUUACAGGGUGUAUCUAAGUACACUGGAAGUGUGUACCAGUCUGUGAAAGGAGUCUUGAGGGUUAAUCCUGAUUGCAAAAGGGGUAGGCAAUGCCUCUAUAGUCUUUAUGUCGAUAGCACCUAUAUGUAUAACCAACAACUUGAAAUGGUAAAAGCCUCAACGCAGCACUGUCAGUUCAGCUGAAUAUAUGGUCAAGUGGUGUCCCCUGAUGCCCAUUUCCUUUCAAUGUCUGCCUUGCAAUGUAGGGUCAUCUUCGUAACCUAAGAGCCGCCUACAUGGUACUGAGGUUGGUCGUGUCCAUUGUGUACAUAUUCAUGCUGAUUUUAUAUGGACAGUUUCCACUCAGCAGUAUGUAUUCCAGACCUUUUCAAGACUGUUACACACGACACUUGUAGACCAGUGUUCAGAUCCAGCUUUUGCUUGUAUCAUUUGCUUUCUGCUUUUGAUUUUGGGGGAGAAAAUAUUGUGUAUUGUUCCAACUUCUAACAUCAGGCCGGGCCUGAGUCCGUAUCACAAAAUCUUUCUGGGAAAGAAUCGCGUACCAUGUGCAGUUUUGUGUGCAAUUUGCAUGUAGUUUCUGUCCUUUUCUUUCCCCCCUAAAUGUGUUGUUCUCGGAGCAGACAGCGUUUUCCCCUUGUAAUCAAAAUUAAUUAAUCCUUUUUAUGACUAGUUAUGUAGAAACAUGAGGACAAGAUGGAUUACUGAUGUUGCCUUUGAAAAUAUGUUAAAAAAUUAUGAGAUAAACUUGGAUGUAUUUAAGCUUAAAAAAGGUGUUAUUCCUUGUUCCCAUAAAUAGGUUUGUUUCGUUCGGAAUUAUUGUUGUUCAAAUUGGUUUCUUGUUUUGUUUUUGGUGCUUAUGCACUGAUGUUUCAUUUCAGUCCAAACGUAACAAAUUGUCAUUCAGUAUUAGGUUAUACCAAUCAAGGGCCAGGUUUGUUUGUUCAAAAAUUCAGUUUCAUCACGCAGGUGUGAUUAAUUGCUGCAGCCAGCCAUGUUUAUUAAUGAUUGCCUGUGGGCGGAUAGUAAAUACUGUGAACAGAUGAAUCUGGUCUUCAAUGUUUUAAAUAAUCCAUCCCUUAGAAUCCACUAUGCAUUAUGUGAUGUACAUGUAUGUUAUGUUUGUAAACAAUGUUGGUUGAUGAAACACAUAAGCGAAACUGUUGAAGGAGAUAGGUUAGAUCUCCACGCUUCCACCAAUAAAUGAUUUGGGAAUCUCCUGGUAGUAAAUUAGGCUGUUUACCAUGUUUAAAGGUAUUGAAAUUAAGUUGUGACUGUUCUGAACACGAUUCUGCACUUACAAGUUAAGGCACCACUGCGUUAAUGAAAUAUUUUGGCUAGAAUAUAUAAAACUACUUAAUACAUGUUAAGUUCUGCUGAUCCCAGAUAAUAAAGAUAUGUUACAUGUUGGAGUACCAUCAACGUGGAAGUAGUCCCAAACUAUCAUAGCACUUGCUCCCAUGAUUGUUUUGUGAAUAAAGCAACCCAAAAACUAUUAUCUUUAGUACUGCGACCAAAUAAAGACAAGUCUUUCCCUGUGAUUAAAGUGCUGAUUCAGCAAUCUGAUUCUCCAUAAUGUAAUCUGCUCCACAUUCUCUCUCCCUACUCUUGACUGUCAAUUGUAAAUAACUUCAAUGUUUUAGGAAAUCUGAUGAUGAUACAUGUAUAUCAUGUUCAGACAUGAAGGAUUUAACAAAAUAAAAAUUGUACAUACUGGCGAAUUCA